AUGGAUCCAAGGGGCCAGCUAUAUUCUUUGACUGGGGCCUUGAAGGCAUUCAGAAAUAUUCUAAGGACUAUAAUCAGAACAAGAUUCGAAAAGCCAAAAUACGGGAACAAGAAGAGGCUAAGAAACUACAGGAGGAAGCUCAUAGACAACAGGAGGAAUGGAAUCGACAGCAGGAGUUGAUACAAGAACAAGAAGCUGUGCACCGGUUAGAGAUUACAAACGAUUUUAUUUGGAAGAUACACAAGCUAUUACAUCUGUAACAUCCACGGAAAUCAAGGAUUUUAUAAAGACACUUGAAAUGGAGAUAAGCGAGUACUUUGAUUUCUGCUUUGUUGCGCUCACAGCCGUAGGAUCGUUUGCAUCUGGACUCUACACUCAAUCGAGUGAUCUCGAUUUGACAUUGACGGGGAAUAACAAGCAUAUUAGUAUGGAAACACUUGCGGAUGCGUUACGGCAUUUUCAUUACGAAGGUGUCUCGAUCUCAACAUGCAGUAGCGUCCAGGAGCGAAGGGCCGUACAAGGGUCAGAAGGAACAGUGGCCGCAAUGGCAGCGAUGCCCAUUUCAAGAUAUAUCCCCUUCGCCUUUAUUACAUUCACAGACCCGAAAUCAGGGAUUGUUUGUCACCUUACUUUGAAUGAGCCUCUGGAUAUCCAACGCUCAAAGCUUAUUCACACAUAUACGCAAAUUGAACCCCGCUUUGUCCCUAUAAUGAUCGCAUUAAAGCAUCUGGUGGGGAAGUGUCACUUCCUCACUGGAUCUGUACAUCAGGAUAAAUAUUACUCUGUGCCGCUGGGGAGCUAUGCAUUAGCACUCAUGUUAAUAACUUUUUUACAGACUGAAAAUCCACCACUUUUACCAAAACUUCAGCUUCAACCGAAAAAUCAAAAGAACAAUGAUACACAACAAGGGCAGUUAGGGCAGCAGAUGGAUAAAGAUGACCGUCCUAUCAAGGAAAAGAUUGUCCAAGGGAUCGACUGUUCAUUCGAUCAAGAUUAUGAUUUUUAUCAGGGGUUUGGCGAUAAGAAUAUCAAGAGCGUAGCAGAGUUAUUGGUCGAUUUUUGCCGUUUCUUUGGAUAUGUUUUUGACUAUGAGUUCAAGGAAGUGAAUCCUCGAAUUGGUGCUUUUCGGUGGCGGCCAGGGCAGCUCUCUAAGACUUCUCUAACCACUUCAGUUACUAGUACUGGUAAUAGUGGUAAUAGUAGUAGCAGUGACAUUGGAGCAACGCUACAAAGCCAUACAGCUUCAAGCUCCAGAGUCUAUUCUUCCCCUUCUUCUACAGCAACUUCGGCUACUAUCAAACAUAAUCGUAUCGCGACCGCAAAAGCCAAGGAAAAUGCUAAUGGAAUCACUCUCCAUAUUAUGGACCCAUUUGAUGUUGGAUUCAAUGUGACAGCAAGUUGCAAUGGUGAUUUGGUCCGCUUAAUCAAAGGUUGCUUCCAAGAAGCAUACGAAGCUUUAGUUGAAGGAAAUAUUAACCUGGCAUUUUCUGAAUCAGGAUAAAUAAAAAUGGGAAAUAUUAGGACGCAUGAACUAUGUUGAGUUCAGCGACAACUGAUAGAAACUACAAAAAAAAAAGCCCAUUUGGUUGUUUUUAUGCUAGAGAUUUUUGCCGUUUAGUGUUCGAUGUCGAAAUAGCCCUUAUUAAUGGUGGUGACGAUGGAGAUUGUGCGCGCCGCUUCAACAACCCUGACGCAUGUAUUUCGUUUGACGAUACUAAAAACCGCUCCGCUUCACUGCGUGUCCGUUUCAGAUAUUGAAGUCUUCGCAAGAUUUCACUCAAAGAGUGUCUCUUCACCAAUGCAAUUUCAUCUUCCUUAUUCUUGGAAAAGAUCUUGCUGUCGUCUAACCUUGUCCAGAAUCGAUCCUGGAUCUCUU